ACACCGAUACUUCCCACAAUCCUCUGCAACCGUGCAACGUGACGCCACUUCCGUAACGUGAAAAUUACCCAUCAACCCUCUAGUUGUACUAUUUGGUCGAUGGUGGUUGUCUUUGCAGCUUGCUUUAAGAGCAUUGGGGAAUCCAUUACUAGCGUGGAGGUCCAGCCGUCACAAUGGGUGAAAGAAAAGGAACAAACAAAUACUACCCUCCAGAUUUUGAUCCUGCCAAGCAUGGAUCCCUCAAUGGCUAUCAUAAAACUCACGCCCUGCGGGAGAGGGCCAGGAAACUGUCCCAGGGCAUCCUCAUUAUCAGGUUUGAGAUGCCGUACAACAUCUGGUGUGAUGGCUGCAAAAAUCACAUAGGCAUGGGGGUCCGUUACAAUGCUGAGAAGAAGAAAGUGGGGAACUACUACACCACGCCAAUAUACAGGUUUAGGAUGAAGUGCCAUCUGUGUGUCAACUACAUCGAGAUGCAGACGGAUCCGGCGACCUGCGACUAUUUAAUAGUAAGCGGGGCAAGCAGGAAGGAGGAACGCUGGGACAUGGCGGAAAAUGAGCAGAUCCUCACCACGGAGCGGGCAGAGAAGGAGAAACUUGAGACAGAUGCCAUGUUCAAACUUGACCACGGUGGGAAAGACAAGGAGAAGCUUAAGAAGGCUCUGCCUUCUCUGUCCGAGAUCCAAGACUACCAGUCCAGCAAGAAGGACGACUUCCAGCUCAACAGCACCCUCCGCAGGAAGUUCAGGACAGAGAAGAAGAUUCGAGCUGAGCAGGAGGAGAAGGACAACUCUGUGAGGAUGAGGACCAACCUGUCCAUCCAAUUGCUGCCCGAGAAGGAGGAGGACAAGAAACUGGCAGCACUGCUCACAUACCAGGCACCGGACUCCUAUGAUGACAAGCAGCACAGCAAGCGCAAAGAGAUCGCCUCCCGUUCGUGGUUCAAUCCCGUCUCGGCCACACCGGGAACUGCUGCAGGGAGUCUGCUCCAUAAGCUGGGCCUGCAGGGGAAAGAAGCAGCAGUAGCCAAAGCCCUGGGCUCCUCGCCCAGCUCCCUGAUCCGGAAACGCUCAGGAGGACAGGGAAUCAAAACCGAACCGUGCGCCACCAUCGCUCGCAGGAAGUCCAACCCCGAAAUCAACAUGUGUAACGGAGAGGUCCCUCAGAGAGAGGAGGCCCCAAGUAUAGUACCAACACAAAUGGGGCAGGACGUAACAGAGACAAAUAAGAAUGGCUCCAGGGAGACACAUGUUAAAACCACAGAGGAAGCAGAUAAAGGACUGACAAAGGCAAAGGAUUUUGGGAAGGAGAAGGAACAGGGCAGCAGUUUAGGAGCACUUGCAUCUUUGGUGGCAGACUACAGCGACUCAGAUUCAGACCCUGGACACUGAGGCUGAAUGAUGAGCUUAAAGGGACAAUUUCUGUAUUUAAUGAAUGGAGGUCACCAUACGCAAAUAACGAGCGUCAUUUCAUGAGCGUGA